AUGGCGGGACUGAAUGAUUACAUCCGUAAGGAGAUGAAGCUGUUCACGGUCGAGAUGAUUGCAGAAGCGAGCGUGAAGCUCCAAUUUCGCGGAAGAAAGAUUGAGGUCCAGAUCUCUAGGUUUCGGAGCGCGAGGAGCCGAGACCCGCUAGUGAUAUCGGUCCUGGCGUCGUUGUUGGAGCGAGCGAUGGCGAGAAACGCGAGGCAAGGCAACGCGCAGGGCCCGAGGGACGACGCGAGGAGUGGGGCGUUCGACAGCGACAGGGUCCUCGACAUGACGAUACAGUCCUUCCUGGAGAGGAUAUUCCGUUACGCCCGCGUGGCGCCGCCCGUGUACGUGGUUGCGUACGUGUACAUGGACAGGUUGUGCCAGCUCAACCGUGGGCUACGGAUUACGCUGGGCAACGUGCACCGCCUUCUCGUUACCUCCAUCAUGGUUGCCUCCAAGUUCGUAGAGGAUUUGAAUUACAGGAACUCCUACUUCGCAAAGGUUGGGGGAUUAAGCGUGACGGAGCUGAACGGCUUGGAGGUGAAUUUUCUCUUCAUGAUGGGAUUCAAGCUUCAUGUGAGCGUGAGUGUUUUCGAGAGCUACUGCAGGCACUUGGAGCGAGAAGUGAGCUUUGGAGGAGGAUAUCAAAUCGAGAGGUGCCUGAGAUUGAUGUGCGGUGGAGAGAUGAAUUCAAGGGACAGAUCAGAGAGAAGAAGAGAACUGAGUCAGCUAGCAAGAGUACUCUAGAGAGGAGGAUGAGGUCAAAUUUUGGCCCCGCAAAUAUUUUACUCGCACCGCCCAUCGGUGAAAGCUUUCGGUUGAAAUCCGGUCUGUACUUUUUCGAAAAAAGAUCGCCUAAAUGUGGAGCAUAUGUUGGAUAAUAUUUGAGAAAGUGAAUAAAAGCUUAACCAGUACUGUUACUGGUAAACCCGGACUAGUGAUGCGGGUGGGCCCGACUAAUAAUACCAUUGAGAGGUUGUUUUACCCAAAACUGCUGUGCAAGAGUAUGAAAUUAAAGUCCUCAUCCUUGACGGCAGCUAUUAAAUUAAAUUUGGAUGAAAAGGAUGUUCAGUCCGUGACGGCA